CGCGCCUCUCCCCACCUGCAGUCCCUCCUCCCGCCGCUGCCAGGCCGAUCGAAAGCGCGUCCUAGCCCUUCCACGGCCUCCUCGGGUCCUUAGGUCCCCGGGCCCCUCGCCCCGCGUCCCCUCUCCCCUGCCCCCUCCCUCGGCGUCCUCCCGCUCUUCCCCUCCCCCGGCUCCCCAGCCUCCCAUUCAUUCCACUCGCUCCCUCCUCUCUUCUCCCCGCUCGGGCCCUCUGUCCCCAGAGCCUCCGGGCACGGACCCCGCUGCAGUCUCGGGGUUUUUUUUUUUUUAGCACAUUCAUGGAAGUUUAGGGCCUGGACGGUGCCCCCAAGUCCGGCCUAAGAGUGCAGCCUGAGCUGCUGGCCGGGAAGAGGAAGAUGUCUGUGCUCAGGCGGAUGAUGCGGGUCUCCAAUCGCUCCCUCCUCGUCUUCAUCUUCUUCUUCUCCCUCUCCUCGUCUUGCCUCUACUUCAUCUAUGUGGCUCCGGGCAUCGCCAACACAUAUCUCUUUAUGGUACAAGCUCGAGGAAUAAUGUUGAGAGAAAAUGUGAAAACAAUAGGACAUAUGAUCAGGCUGUACACAAAUAAAAACACUACGCUCAAUGGUACAGAUUAUCCCGAGGGCAAUAAUUCAAGUGAUUAUCUGGUUCAAACAACAACGUAUCUUCCGGAAAACUUCACAUACUCGCCAUACCUCCCCUGCCCAGAAAAACUGCCUUACAUGCGGGGAUUCCUCAACGUCAAUGUUAGUGAGGUCAGUUUCCAUGAAAUUCGUCAACUCUUCUCCAAGGAUUUAGAUAUUGAGCCCGGAGGUCACUGGAGGCCUAAAGACUGUAAACCCAGAUGGAAGGUGGCCGUUCUCAUUCCUUUCCGUAACCGCCAUGAACAUCUUCCAAUUUUUUUCUUGCAUCUGAUUCCAAUGCUUCAAAAACAGCGGCUGGAAUUUGCCUUUUAUGUCAUUGAACAGACUGGUACGCAGCCUUUUAACCGUGCAAUGCUCUUCAAUGUGGGCUUCAAAGAGGCCAUGAAAGACAGUGUCUGGGACUGUGUAAUCUUCCACGAUGUGGAUCAUCUACCUGAAAAUGACCGCAACUAUUAUGGAUGUGGAGAAAUGCCACGUCAUUUUGCAGCAAAGCUGGAUAAAUACAUGUAUAUUCUUCCAUAUAAAGAGUUUUUUGGUGGUGUAAGUGGACUGACAGUGGAACAGUUCAGAAAGAUCAAUGGUUUUCCUAAUGCCUUCUGGGGAUGGGGAGGAGAAGACGAUGACCUUUGGAAUAGAGUUCACUAUGCUGGAUAUAAUGUAACCAGACCAGAGGGAGACUUGGGAAAAUACAAGUCUAUUCCUCAUCACCAUCGAGGGGAAGUCCAGUUCUUAGGACGGUAUAAAUUGCUAAGAUACUCAAAAGAGCGCCAGUACAUCGAUGGGUUGAACAAUUUAAUAUACACACCAAAAAUACUGGUUGAUAGGUUGUACACAAAUAUAUCUGUAAACCUCAUGCCAGAGUUAGCUCCCAUCGAAGACUAUUAAAAGUAGCAGCUCUCAUGGCAGGAGAGACCACAGUGCUGGAUCUGGAGCUUGGAGGGCACUCUUAGUGGGAGUCAGUGAGUGGACGUGUCCCAGUGCCCUGGGCGGUGAGAAGAGCCUGCAUUCUCAGUGUUUACUUGUGUGAUUGUAUACAGUCAGCUUUCUUCCACCCACCUGCACUUAGACUCAUUCCCUUCGGCGAGCCCUGCAGAGACUGGAUGCCCCGGCUUAAGUCUGGAGGUGAAGAGAGCUCCUUAGAAAGAGAAAAUUUUUAUACUGAAAUCUAUAAUUUAAUUCAAGAGAAUGCUUUAUUUCCGUUCCAACAUAUUUUGUACAUAUGUGCUGUAAAUUAGUGUGUUCACAUUGUUGAAAAAUAAGAUGUGUUGCAGUUUUGCAUGUAAUGGGUUAUGCCUUUAUGGGAUUUUUAUAAACACUUUUUUAUUUGCAUGGAAUAAAACAGCAUCAGUUUAUGUCACUAAACAAAGGUUAACCUUGUGUGAAAUGAAGGAACUGUCAGUAAUUGACAGCCAUCUAGUAUAGUGCACUGUUACACUAGUUCUGAGCUUUAGACCUUCAGCUUUUCGUGUGGAAGAAGUCACAGCUUCCUUAGGGUUUUAAAGGGUAAGAAGAAAGGGUUUAAACAGCUUUUCUUCCUACCAGGAUUACCUAUUUUUUUCCCCUUGCUCGCAAUCUCAUCAGAUUUUGCUAAGUCACAACCAUAUUGUUUACGCAUAUUGCAUGAGUAUUACCCAGAAAAUCUUAAAAGUUGUGAUGUGACAUGGUAUAAAGGACCUGUAUGUUAAAUGUCUCUCAUGUACCUCUGGUGUAGGUGUCAGGGAUUUUGUGCCUCAAAAAAUGUUCCCGAGGUUGCGUGUGGUUGUACACUGUAUUUUUUUUAAUUCAUAACGAGUAGCACUUUUUUUUUAUUUCCUGUUCCGAAGAACCAAAAA